CACCAGCCAGGCCACCCGAGCCUUUUGCGCGUGCGCAAAAGCCCACGGCCCCCUUCCCCGGAAGUGACGCCGCCUCUCCGCUGAAGCGUGUGCGGGAGGCACUUCCGGCAGCUGUGUUGUGAUCAUGGUGGAGAAGAAACCUUCGAGCUGAGCGGAGGAUGGCGGAGGGCGGCCGGGCGCGCAGGCACCUCUCGCUGCCGCUGGGCCGCCGGCUCCCGGGCUGGGCCGAGGAUGAGAGCGUCUGGAUUGAGAGGCAGAUCGCGAUUCUGCUUGGUGCAGUUCGCUCCCAGGACCCGGGGCAGCGGCGGGUGCUGGACCGGGCGGCCCGGCAGCGCCGCAUCAACCGGCAGCUGGAGGCGCUGGAGAACGACAACUUCCAGGACGACCCGCACGCGGGGCUCCCGCAGCUGGGCAAGCGCCUCCCGCAGUUCGACGACGACGCGGACACGGGGAAGAAAAAGAAGAAAACUCGCGGCGACCAUUUCAAACUACGCUUCCGGAAGAACUUCCAGGCGCUGCUGGAGGAGCAGAACCUGAACGCGGCCGAGGGCCCCAACUACCUGACGGCCUGCGCCGGCCCCCCCGCACGGCCCCAGCGCCCCUUCUGCGCCGUGUGCGGCUUCCCGUCGCCCUACACGUGCGUGAGCUGCGGCGCCCGCUAUUGCACCGUGCGCUGCCUGGGCGCCCACCAGGAGACCCGCUGCCUCAAGUGGACCGUGUGAGGCCGGCGGACCCCCAGCGCAGCCCCCGCACGGAGAGGACCCCCCAGCCCCGCCUUCUCCCUUCAUUUCCUUGUUCUUUUUAAAUAUCUGUUUAUUAAAAGUGUCGUGUGGUGGUGGUUCAAGCA